CAUAUUCAUAAAUCACCAGCAAGUUAAAGAUAAGCCGACUGUAAAAAACGCCACGUGGCUCCAUUAAAAAGACAAUAUUUUCUCAUUCUCACCUCCGUCACAUGUUCUUCUUCUAACCUUACACGCACUCCACUCUUUGUUCUGUUCUUCUCAAACUCUCUCAACCUACACGAUCUCGAUUUGAUCUGUCUCUUUGACUUUUUCUUUCUUUCUUUCAGAUUACGAUCAAUGGGUGUUGAUUACUACAAUGUCCUGAAGGUGAGCAAAAACGCUAACGACGAUGAUCUCAAGAAGUCUUACCGGCGUCUCGCCAUGAAGUACCACCCCGACAAGAACCCCACGAGCAAGAAAGAGGCCGAGGCCAAGUUCAAGCAGAUCUCCGAAGCUUACGACGUCCUCAGCGAUCCUCGCAGACGUCAGAUCUACGAUCAGCACGGCGAAGAAGGGCUAAAGUCUUCAGAUUUGCCUUCCGCGGCGGAGACGGCGUCGUCGGCGGCGGCGGCGGCGAAGCAGAGGAGUUACUCGUCGCGUCGUGACGACUCCGAGUUUCGGUAUUAUCCGCGUGAUGCUGAAGAUAUCUUCGCGGAGUUCUUUGGAACGUCGAGGGAUAGCUUUGCCGGCGGUGGUACUAGCGGUGUCGGCGGCGGCGGGAGGAGGUUUAAAAGUGCUGAAGCAGGAGGUCAGGCGAAUAAGAAGACGUCGCCGGCGAACAAGAAGGCGGCGCCGGCGAAUAGGAAGGCGGCGGAUAUAGAGAGCGCGUUGCCUUGCACGUUGGAGGAGCUGUACAAAGGUGGGAAGAAGAAGAUGCGAAUCUCUCGCCUUGUUCCUGAUGAGUUCGGGAAGCCAAAGACGGUGCAAGAGAUCUUGAAGAUAGAUAUUAAACCAGGUUGGAAGAAAGGAACAAAGAUAACAUUCCCUGAGAAAGGCAACCAAGAGCCUGGUGUCACUCCUGCUGAUCUCACAUUCGUCGUAGACGAGAAGCCUCAUCCGGUUUACACAAGAGACGGUAACGAUCUGAUUUUUGAGAAGAAAGUCUCUUUGAUAGAUGCUUUAACCGGAGUCACCGUUAGCUUAACGACUCUUGACGGGAGGAAUUUGACUAUACCGGUUUUGGAUAUUGUUAAACCGGCUCAUGAGAUUGUAAUCCCAAACGAAGGAAUGCCAACUAAAGAGCCUUUGAAAAGAGGAGACUUAAGAGUCAGGUUUGAGGUCUUGUUCCCUUCGAGGCUUACAUCGGAGCAGAAGAGUGACCUCAAGAGAGUUCUUGGUGGAAGCUGAUGAGCUGAAUGUUUUAGUAAGCUCUUGAUCAUGUUUAACAACGGGUUCAGUGUACAUAUAUUUGAUCAUUCUCUUUUUCUUUUUUAACUUUGGUGUUAUGAGAGAAAUUCUGAAUAAAUGAGGUUGUUCCAUUGUGACUGUGAGUAUCAGACAUUUAAUAAUGGCUGUCACGGACAGAACAGAUCGUUUUUAAGUAGAACUUGGGCUA